UAUGAAACCACAAAGCUUCUAUUAACUCCAAUGGCCAUACUACUUUUGUACCCAGAGAUACUUGUAGCAAUAUUUCUAUGCUUCUUUUUUCUUUGUCAGUGGAAAUGGAGCAAAACCCGAAGCGCCAUCACAAAUUGGCCUGUUGUCGGAAUGCUCACGGGCCUACUUCAAAAUGCAUACAAUCUGCACGAGUAUGCUACUUGGGUCCUAAAACAAAAUGGGGGCACUUUUGAGUUUAAGGGCCCUUGGUUCACUAACAUGAACUUCAUGGUCACGAGUGAUCCCAUGAACAUCCACCACAUGUUGAGCAAAAACUUCUCUAACUACAUAAAAGGGCAGAAGUUCCAUGAAAAUUUUGAUGUUCUGGGAGAUGGGAUUUUCAAUUCUGAGUCAGACUCGUGGAGAUAUCAGAGGAAGCUACUUCAGUCAUUGAUAAAGCACAGAAAGUUUGAGCUGUUCUUUCAGGAAGUUGUCAAGGGAAUUGUGGACAAGAUCCUCAUUCCAGUCCUUGAUCAUGUCUCAAGUUUCGGAAUUGAGGUGGAUUUACAAGACAUUUUUCAACGGUUCACCUUCGAUAGUGUUUGCUUAGUGGCUUUGGGUUUUGAUCCAAAAUGCCUCUCCAUUGAAUUCCCCCAUGUUUCCCAUGCAAAAGCGUUUGAUCAAUUAGAGGAAAGUGUGUUCUACCGACACAUUGUGCCAGAAAGCUAUUGGAAGCUACAAAGAUGGCUUCAAAUCGGAAGUGAGAAGAAGUUCAGCAUUGCUGGGAAAAUUUUAGAUCAAUUUAUAUACAAAUGCAUCUCAUCCAUGCAAGAAGAACUAAGCCAAAGUAGAGCCCCAAAGACUGAGGAAGAAAAGUUCGACUUGUUGACAGCCAUUGGGGAACAAGUAGAAGAAAUUGGAGGUAUUAUAAAAUCUGACAAGUUUCUAAGGGACACUGCAUUUAAUCUCAUGGCAUCUGGGAGAGAUUCUGUAAGUGCAGGCCUCACUUGGCUUUUUUGGAUUGUUGCAACACACCCAUAUGUGGAAGCUAAAAUUCUAGGAGAGAUCAAGGAGCAUUUGUUGGACAAAGGAAAGUUGAAAGAUUUUAACAUAGAUGAGCUAAGUAAGCUAGUUUAUCUCCAUGGAGCGAUAUGUGAAUCCUUACGCCUUCAUCCACCCGUACCUUUCGAGCACAAAUGUUCAGUUCAAUCUGAUAUUCUUCCUAGUGGUCACUCUAUCAGGCCAAAUACAACAAUGAUAUACUCUUUAUACUCAAUGGGAAGGAUGGAGAGCAUAUGGGGUCAAGAUUGCUUGGACUUCAAGCCAGGGAGAUGGAUUUCAGAGCGUGGAGGAAUAGUGCAUGUACCAUCUUUCAAGUUCAUAACAUUUAAUGCAGGGCUAAGGACUUGUCUAGGUAAGGAUAUAACCUUCAUUCAAAUGAAAAUAAUCGCAAGUGCCAUCCUUUGGAAUUACAGUGUUCAAGUGGUUGAAGGUCAUCCUGUAUCACCUAGCAUCUCGGUUAUACUUCACAUGAAGCAUGGUUUGAAGGUGAGAAUCCGCAAAAGAUUUGUUUGACAAAGAAAUUGUACUACUUGGCACUUGCUAAAGCUCAUUGGUGGCAAGGGAGUUUUCCUUGUCACCCAAUAAAUAUAGUUGAAAGUAUUGUUUCGGAAUAAAUAUAGUUGUGUGAUUUACUUGGAUUCUGCACUUGCAAUUCUUCAUGUAAGCAUUUAGUAUAUAUAUAGGAGCCA